UUCACAACGUAAAGACAUCUUUAUUUUUAUUAUUCCUUAAUUAAAGGAUUUAUUGGUAAAGUUUUUCCGAUUUUUCUCCAUUUUCUCUCCUUCUUAAUACACUUCUUAAACUUCCAGCGUCUUCACCGACACCUUGAUGUAUAACUCCACAUCCUAAACACCAGCUUGUGUGUCGUAGUAUUUUCUGUGGACGUCAUGCGGCUCCUCCAGCAUCGGCCUUGGCGUCUCUCGUCUCCUCUGACGGGACUCGGGUUUCAGACGGAGGAGUUAAUCAACACACUCGAUUAAUAAUGCAGCGCCCGGGGGGCCGUGCUUGUUGCUGAAAUCCCUUCUGCUUUUCACAGCCCUCGUUUCGCACCUACUUUUCUCCUUUUACCCGUGUCCUUAAUUACGCUGCUUGCAGACCGGGUGUAGGGUUGCAGGUUUGACUCCCGAGGUGAGUCGGAUCAGAACGAAGCCGGAUGUGUUGGGUCUGUGAAGACUGACUCGGUCCUGUCGACAAGUAUGAAGCCUGUUCUGCCUCAGCUCAAUAUUUCCUCCACAGCCAAGGGAUAGAGUGUGUCCUUGUGUUACUAUUUAUUUUAUUUGGAGUGGUUGCAUCUGAGGACGCUUAAAAUGAUGUGGUGGUCUCCAGCUGUUUAUAUGAUCCUACUUGGGAUCCUCUGUGACGUCGAGCUAGCGCAUUCACAAUCCAGAUUAAUUGAAAGACAAACUACCCAGAGUCCUGACGAUGCAGAUACGCUGGAGGCAGACAUCGAGAAAGUCAUCGAUCAAAUCCACUCUUUGUCCGGAGCGAAACCUCGCAGCUUUAGCGUCCCAGAUACAGACGAGAGCGGAGGCAGCUCCGACACGUACUACGACACCUUGAGUAACCUGUACGGCCUCUUCCCACCGCUGGCCAGAGCGAGAUUCAUGGAUGACCUUCCCAGAAUAUUAGUUUGCAUUCUGUCUGGGAGGCAGGACUGUGGACUGGAGGCAGAGCUGACCAAGACGGUAUCUCUGGAGCUGGGGCAGCCGCUGUUGACCUUCCUGUCUUCCCUGAGAUCCCAGACCUGCGCCCCACCCUCUGGUGACGGAGGCUCGGACGGCUUCUUCGGGACCUACCUCAGAAUGGGCGACCUGACUACGACGCUGGGUGGUUUUCAGCAGGCGGUCAUAAACAUGCUGUCCAGCCUGUCCCUCUCGGAGACGUCCAGGGCGACCGUCAGCGGCAUCAUAGAUACCGCCGUCACCUACGCCUUAAAGUUCAUGGCGACGUUUCUCCAGGCACCGAUGGACUACAUCCGAAUAGCUCUACAAUUUGGAAUCAGGGUCCCAUUUCUAGACCAAACAGACACCUGUGAACAAGGAGAUCUCAAGCAGCUCAUUAUGUGGGGAAUGAAGCACAACGUGAGCUGGUCUCUCAGUGCCUCGCUCGUUGACAUCCUCCUGGAUAUCUUCCUGCCUCCAGAGGAGUCUCUGUACUCGUAUCCGGGUCCCGAGUGCCGCAACCCCCCCGGCGUCUUGCCCUCCGGCCUCCGACGCAGCGCGUCCCAAAACCACACCGACGUCAACUACGAGGUCCUGUGCGACCGCCGCAACCUGGCGACGCUCAACGACACGCUGUGCGCCGACGUCCUGGCCGGUUCUGGGGCGGGCUCGUCUGCGUCCGUGUUCACGUUGUGCCAGGCGCUCAGCGCCCUCGGCCCCGACCAGAUGGAGAGGGCCUGGAGCAACAUGUGCUACGUCAUUCAGGCCCUGGUGUCCCCUCUCGUGGGCCGGUCGUCCGCCGACUGCGGCGCCGUGACCCCUCUGUCCGAGCCUCGCGCCGCGCCUCGCCGAGCGGCCAGAGAAGCCUCCAACCUCAAACUGCUCGCCUGCAACUUCAACGGCUGGCUGGAGAACGGCGCGGUGGACGCCGUCCUCGUUUCCUUGUGCAGCGACAACGAACGCGCCGAGUUCGAGAGGCAAGUGUGCAGCAACGCUUUGCUGAUGCGGAAGCUGCUCUCAGACAGGGCCAACAGCUGGAUCCUCGGGUACUGCGCCAACUCCUCUGCGGACCCCGCGUACCUGGUCGGUCAGUUCUGCUUGUACGAGCAGUGGAUCGACCAACCCGGGUUCCUUGUGGACUCCACGCUGCUGGAGUUCUGCAUGACCCUGGACAGGCCAAGAAUCACCGCUCUCAUCUGUGAGCACACUGGAUUCUUAAUGCUCGUAAUCUCCAACCCGGGCAACUGGCAGAUUAUGCCCAACUGCACGAACAUGCCCCCUCCGCCACCGAUCCCUGACCCGAAUUCCUUACAGCUAGACUCCUGUCUUUACUCAGAGUGGCGCGACCCGAUGCAGCUUACCACAGAAGUCUUGUCCAAGUGCAUCCUCUUCGAUCAGAGCGGCUUCAACAAACACGUUUGCUCCAACGCCACAUUUCUCAACAGACUCCUGGUUAAUAAAAAAAUAGCCUGGCUUGAUGAACACUGCAGGACCUCGAUGAACUUCCAGACCCCUGAGCCGUCCCAAGCCUUCGACAUCGCAGGCUGGUGCGACUACCAAACGUGGGGGAUACGGCUGGUGGACGAUUCGGUCGUUGGACUCUGCUGGCAGCACGAUCAGGUCAACUUUCAGAAGAAUGUCUGCUGCAAGGCGUCUGUGUUCGAAAAGCUGCUGGAAAACCCUCAGAACCAAUGGCUGACGUCAGUCUGCACAGACAUCGAGGAAAUAACCAUGUCACCCCAGGUUUGCAGAUACUCUGACUGGACGCGUCCCAUCGUCGUGGACAUGACCGAGCUCGCUCUCUGCGCCGAGCUCGACGCUCUGAACUUCACCUCCAAAGUCUGCGCCAACGAGUCGGUCCUCCAGAAUCUGCUGGUCAACCAGGACAACAAGUGGUUAAUACAGCACUGCGCCAACCACUCCAACCCGUCGGUGGCUCCCGGGGGUAACGGCGGGGGACAGGAAGGAGGCGCGACCGGAUUUAAAGUGGCUGAUCGGUGCCGCUACUCCAGCUGGAGCGUAAAUCCUCCGGAUGCUGCGCUCCUGACCCAGUGCUGGGAGCACGACCAGAUCAACUUUGUGUCAUCCGUCUGCCCCAGUGCUGGUCUUCUCUUUUUUCUGUCCCGGGAGCCGUCCAGCAUGUGGGUGAGCAAAAUGUGCUCCACCUACACCAACUACACCACCACCAGCAGCACCAACGCCAGCACCGGCCAAGACCCCAACUUCUGCCUGGAAAGAAACCUGGUGCAGCAGUUCAACUGGAGCUGCUCGGGCCUCUACGCCACCGCCUGCCAGCCUUGCGCCACCCAGAACAUGGUGCUGCAGUCCAUAGUGCGCUGCUGGGCGGAGAACGUGAGGUCCAGGGUGGAGGAUCUGCUGACUCCGCCGGUGGCUACGGUGUUGGACCACGCUGUUAGCACCACGGUGGUCGUCCUGCUGAGCCUGGAGGGGGUCCAGGGCUCCACGUGGCACAUCACGGAGAUCAUAAGGACAAGUGUCCUCAAGUCUUUGGUUCAGUUCUUCAAGAGGGAAAACAACGCGAAUGAGAAGAGGGUCCUGCUGCAGUGCUUUGGGACCAUACUGACCAACCUGCUGCAGACUCAGAGGGAAGUGUCCAGCGAUGAACUGCUUCUCAUCAAGGAGUACUUCAGUUUACCGCUGGUCAUCCUGAGGCCGGUGCUCAGUGCAGCUCACAUCAGCACCGUCAGGAUGAUCCUCCAGUACUACAACAGCAACAAGAACACGCUGAAGGUGUCUGAUAGGUACCUGUCCACCAUGGUGUCAGUGCUGUUCCAGACCCACCUCCCCUCGGAUGGUAAACUCUUCUCUGACCUGGCCCCCCUGCUGGCUGCAGCCUCCCUGGUGAACAUCCAGGCUCUGCCCUCCCUGCAGAACAACAUCAAUGUGGUGGAGACCAUCAACAGAAACCUGGACAGAAUGAGUCUGGUCCAGCGGCAGGCGUUCGGUUUGUGGUACAGCAAAGUCAUGACCCCCUCCAACAUCACCGCAGGUCAUCAGUCGCUCAUCAGAGACACCGGAAACCUGAUCACUUACCUGCCCUUCCAGAUCUUCCAACACCUCUCGGCUGCUCAGCUGUUGGACGGGUUGGACGUGUUGCAGAGAAACACUCUGACGCCUCUGAAGCAGGAAUUCAUAGCAAGAAAACUCAUCGGCUCCUACAGGAACCUGACGGCGCAGGACUUCAUCAGGCUGGGUGACAUCUUGUGCCUGGCCGACCCGGAGGACCUCCUCGUCUACAAGAACACCGCGGCCUUCAGCGUCAUCCGGGACGCCGUCAUGAACUGCACCCACAAAGGAAUCGUUCUGCCCAGCCACCUGGUUUCCAACCUGCUGCUGAACCACACAGAGCUGCAGGUUCCCUCGGCCCUGAGCCCUGAGAGGCUGACGGCGCUGGCCCCCCUCCUGCCCUCGCUCGGGGUCAACUUCCUGCAGGGCCUCACGGUGCAGCAGCUGCUCGCCAUCUUCCCCGACAUCAACUCCGUCUCCUUCAGUCCUACUCAGGCUGCCAUAAUCGUGGACAAGCUGUUUUCCAGUAACAUGCUGGACCGGGACCGGCUGCAGGACCUCGGCUCCCUCAUCGUCGGCGUGACGACCGAGACCCUCCUGACCCUCACCUCCGACAGUCUGCUGUCGUCCCUGGCGACCCUUUCCCAACACAACCAAAACCUCUGUCCGCCACAUAGACGAGGCUUCAGCGCUCCACAGGCCAACGCCAUAGCCAGCAAGCUAUGGGGCUUCCCAGAGGUGGUCAGCUGGUUGGGCGUAGUGCAGCCGCUGCUCGGCUGCACCCCCCUCCUCAGCGUCCUCCCCAGGACACGUCUGCUGGUCAACCAGCUCUCCAACACGUCCACCAAGUCCUGGAACACGCAGCAGGCUAAAGUGAUUUUCAGAGAUCUUCUCAACACGAACCCAAAACUGGUCAAACAGGAUUUUCUGAGUCUGGGGACUCUGGGUCAGGGUGUGAGCUGUAAGGUUCUGCAGGAGCGUUUAAGAGCUGAUCCUUCACCUCCUUCGGUCACAAACAUCCUGGUCCUCCUCCGACAGCAGCCGGCUCUGCUCCACUCCUCCCUGAAAACGUGCCUGAUUAACGAGCUCUACCUUUUUGAGUUCUUCCCUGAACUUCUCGACGACCUCGGAGCUGAGAUCGCUCUGUCUUUGCCCGUGAGCACCGUUAAGAAGUUUUCUCAGAACAUGAUGGAAACUCUGAGGGGAGUGAUCGUCCAGGAGCCUCUUCACUUUCUCCUGCUGUCCAGGGCGAAGCAGCUGCUGCUGGUGGAUAAAAUUGCGCAGAAAAUGGUGGGGGUUUACACGGGGCCGUUCACGGAGGAAGACUUUCGUUCGCUGGGCGUCAUGGCGACGUUCGUGGCCGACGAGAUUUUCGUUCAGGUGGACCGUGGCUUCUUCACCGAAAACAUGGAUUUCCUCCGGGGGCUGUGCUACCCCAGCAACAAGAUGGAAAUCGUGGCUCGAAUCCUUCAAGAACCGUCCGUCUUUGGCCCGGUCCAGAACUGGAACCAGACGACCCUGAGUCAGGUCGACCGGUUUCUCUUCUUCCUUCCCAACGAGAGGCUUCAGGAAAUCUCCAGGGCGCUGAUGACCGUGGGCCGCGUGGAGAAGCUGUUCAUGAGCCAGAAGCUGUGGGAAGCGGGGGUGGUGGGGAGCCACUGUUUGGACGACAGCGAGAGGAGGGCGUUUUUCGAAAAGCAGCAGUUUGUGCUGCAGUUUUUCCUGGGCUUCCUCAAACUGAACCCUCUGUCACCGACCCCUAUGGUUCCCACCUGUGAGAUUCUUCACACCACGGCCCCGUCCCUCUGGACGUCCAGCAGCCUGACCAGCAUGUCCCCCUCAGCCUUCUCCAACUGUCUGGACCUGAUGGGUCGGGACCCGUACUUCGCCACCUACCAGCGCAGCGAGGUGCUCAAGAGAGUCAAAAAGAUGUACGGACCCGUCUCCACCUUCUCCCAGUCCUUGAUCUCUCAGCUGGGUGGAAUAGCUACGGAGUUGACGCCGGAGGAGCUGAGCAGCCUCCGGUUCACUGAGCGGAGGAGCAUCGCUGCUAUGGGCGCUGUCAGCACCUGGAACAACAGACAGUUGGCUGCAUUAUUUACCACCAUGUUAAACACCACCAAGCAGAGUCCGAGCCAGCUAGACUCCAGCACACUGGUUGCCAUGGGUUACAUCGUGUGCGGAGCUAAAAGCACAGACAUGAGGUCUUUCAACGCUGUAGAGUUCAGUAAAGCGGCGCUAUGGCUGGGUCAGCUGAGACUCUCCUGCUCUGAGGAGCAGCUCCUGGCUCUGGUGGAGCUGCUGUCCCACAGUCUCGCUUUCGGACCCAUGAGCUCAUGGGGAACCAGCGUGUUCAUUGAGAUCGGAGUCCUGGCAGCUGGUCUCCCAGACAUGGCCAUGUCAGCUCUGGUGAAAGAGCAAAUUGAAGGAAUCACUCCAAAGGCCAUCUCCAUUAUACCACCGGACAAGUUUGCUGUGACAUUUAACCAGGGACAGAUCAACAUGUUCUCCUAUGAGCAGGGGGUGGCAGUAACUGAGGAGCAGCAGGCUGCCCUGUCAGCCAUUCAGAGGACAGCUCUAGCUAUGGUGCUGACUCCUUGGGAGGACAGACCUGUAAACUUCAGAGGGAGGUCGACAGGGCUGGCGCUGAGCCACAGUCCUCUGUGUCUCGUCCUGGGACUUCUGAUGCCGCUGACCGUCCUGCUCUGCCCCGACUCAUGACCCCAUUUACCCCGGCUGGAUUAGAACAUCUCCUCAUCCACAAACUGAUUUAUUUAUUUGUUUAUUUAUUUUCUGUGCAAUACCAUGCUUCUCUGACAUAAGCAGCACUUUGGGAUUUCUAUAUAAUGUAUUUAAUGAGAUUAUAAUUUAUUUUUUUUGCAGCUUUGACGUCAACAUUAGCACUGAAGGAUAUAAAUAGUUUAUUUCAAAGUCAAUUUAAUACCCACAGAUCAUUUUAAUCUUUUUUUUUAUGAACCUACAUGAAUCACAUACUGUCCCCGGUGUCAGGGAUGUUAGGCCAUACCCAGAAAAGUGACCCAAACAUAUAAAACUUCUAAUAAAUGUAUAUAUUUUUUUGUGAAAUUCUAUAUCUGUGAAACAGCUUAGUGUUUGACAAAGGGAUAUACAGUGACCCCCCAAUAAAACCUUACUGUAUUAAUAUUGUUCAACUUCAGACUGUUGUUGCUGUGAGUUUUGUAUUGUUGUGCACACUUUCUGGUGUUUAUUAAAAUUACUUUAAACCA